CAACAAUCAACUCACUACCCUUCAUCCCCUGAACUACCUAUCCUCAAACUCCAUCCACGCACGCCCACAAUGUCCUCCUCCCCCCUUCUACACUACGCCCUCCGCGCCGCCCAAGCCCUCUUCGCCACCAUCGCCCUCGGCCUCACCAUCACGCUGAUCCACGGCCACCACUGGGGCCCCGUCCCCACGACCCUCGGCUUCGCCGCAUUCGUAGGCGUCAUAUCGCUGCUCGGCGCCGCGGCAGGAUUCGCCUCGCACACCUACGCAGUGCUGGAGGGGAAAGUAGGAAUACUAAUUGACGGCGUGGUGGCGGUUGCGAAUAUGGCUGCGGGGAUUCUACUAGCCAUCAAGUUACGCGGCGUAAGCUGUCGCUCGUACGGCGCUGAUAGUUCGGACAAGCUCGCGGGCAGCGAGAUCCUCAAUGGAGGAUGUCGCGCGCAUGAAUGCUAUUAUUUUCUGCAGAGGGAGGGGUGGCCUGGGCAUCUUGUUGCGAGGUGUAGGGAGGCUAGGGCGGAUAUGGUGUUUUUGUUUCUUGUGGGUGGGGUUGUGGGGGGUUGUGGGGUGUUGGCGUGGAGGAGGGGGAGGAGGGGGUAUUAG